GUCAUGCGUACUAGUAUUUGUUUGGUGUGCAGGGCAAGUUAUUUACAACUGACGUAUCUUGGGACUUCUUGCUAUAUUGCUAUUCUGACAGCCAUCUUUUCAACGAGCUAUAUCACAUGGACGCAAUGAGGAAAUAGCUGCAAACGGCCGGAGUUUGAAAGAAAACGCCUUGCCCACACCAACGUUGAUGUUAAAAGGGUAAAUGAUGAGUAUUUUCGGUGACUGUUUCGUGACGUGCUGUGUCAAAUUACAUGGUGUCCCGUCCAGAAUCGUCUGCCUCGUCUUACUGAUCCUUCAGAGCUCUGUUAUCAACUAUUACCUUAUCGCGUACAUCGGCAACUCCAGUUUUGCCUGGAUAGCAUUCGACGUAGCCAUCAUUAUAAGCUUCAUUGUAUCAUUUGUCAUUGCUAGCAAGAAACUGCGUGUGGAAGCCACCACGAAUGAACACAUCAACGCCAUCGGCCUUGGAUGGUUUGCAUGGUUGGUGUACUCUACCGCUCUGGUUGCUCGAAUGGUUAUAAUCCUUGACAGGUUUGCCCACAUUCUGGACGAAAAGAACUUCUUUGGUCCAAGCACCUUGAAGACGACGCUAGCUUUAGCUUCUUGCGUGUUUCUCUUCCUCUUAGUGGCUCUCCACAACACUAAAAUAAGCAGUGAACGCAGACGGUACAUCGAAGAACUGACGGGCACUGUUAUCUUUGACAUCUUUGACACCGUCGACAUCAUCGAUGUUCUCUUUGACAAGGAGGCUCGAGAUCUGUUCACUCCGGGGAUGAGACCAGCGAUCCUUGCAGUUUCAGGGGGAAACAUCAUCAUACCCACCGUACCUCUCAUCACUCUGAGCAUCACCAAUUUCGGACGCAAAAAGAUGACAAAACGUUUCGUCUCCAUUCACAAGCUGGCUGUAACUCUGCUAAUAAACGUACCAAAUCUCGUUAUCAGGAUGGUUAUGUGGCACGGAUUUAGUGUGGGUAUCUCUCCAUUUAUUAUGAAAAAUUUACUGCUGAUUGGCAUCGUCUUGUACGAGUUCUAUGAGCACAAGAAAGAGAAGUUAGAGGUGGAUGAGGCCGAAUCAACCCCAGAGCCUCGAACAAUGUUUGAGAACAGUGUGCGCGACGAACAGAAAAUACAAACGGAUGGCUGUAAUCAGAAUUUUACAAUGACUGAAAGAAUUUAAGUGGGCGUUGUUGUUGUGUUGUUGUUGGGUUUGUUUGGGGUUUUUUUUGGGGGGGGGUGGGGGUAAAUUUAUGUUUAUAUAGUAAAUUUAUAUUUUCCUACUUUUGUAGAAUUUUUAUUUAACAACACGUUUCUUCCAAGACAAAUUUUGCACAUUUUUGUGAAGAAUAUAAGUUCCUUAAAAUGUUUCUAAUAGACCUACUGUUCAUUACUUGAUAAAACAUGUUUCUGGU